GAAUGAAAGUGGGCUUACAGAAGUUGUUUGUGCUAGGGGUGUACGCCCCAGACAUGUCUAAGCCCACUUAUAUCUUAGAGCAAUUUUGGGACAUGGUAAGGAUGGUGUUGAUGAAAUGUGAGGGAAAUGAAAAUAUUAUUAUGUUAGGAGAUUUUAAUGGAAAGGUUGGGGUGAAGAGGUCUGGUUACGAAAGGAUAUUAGGAACGUAUGGCGAUGAAAGUAUAAAUGAGAAUUUGAAGACCUCACCGUAUGUGUGGAAAAGAAUAUUUUUCUUUCGCCACAAGAGGAUUCACAUGUAUACAUGGGAAUGAGGGGAUAAUAGAAAUAUGAUAGAUUUCAUAAUUGUGGAUGAAAGAAUGAGGAGCGCAGUAGUAGAUACAAGGGUUUACCGGGGGUCCAACGUAGGGACGGAUCUUUACUUGGUCUUAUGCUGAAUUAAUAAUCUAUUCAGGCGUUGGCGGCAUCGGACAUCUGCGUCUACCACUGCGUUACGGCGUAUAAGAAUAGAGAAGUUAUAAGAUGAAGGUGUGAAAGAGAAGUAUAAAUGUAGACUGCAAUAAAAUAUAAGUGGUAUGAAUGAAUUAUGGAUGAAUGAUUUGGACUUGAAGACUGUGUGGAAUAAUGUUAAGAAAGUUUUGGUGGAUGCAGCCACCGAAGUAUGUGGUGUAAGUAAGAGAACAAAUGAAAGUUAAGUUAAUAAGUUAUGGUGGGAUGCUGAAUCUGAAUGACAGGGUGAGAAAUAGUGUGAUAAGAGAAAAGUUUGGUUUGCAAAAUGACGUUGUGACCAGGAUUAAGAAAGGAAUGCUUCGGUGGUUUGGUCGUGUAGAAAGAAUGAACGAGGAAAGGGUGACAAAGCAAAUUUAUGUUCCAGAAGUGAACGGCAGCGUCGGGAAGGGACGCCCUAGACGAAGGUUUUCGAUCAAAUUGGCGAUACAUUGAAAAUGGGCCAGAUUAGGAGUACCCUUAACCGAUGAGCGUGUAAGCGUAGAUAUAUGGAUGUAAUAUAUAGAUAUAUAGUGGCGAGAGAGGUGUGUCAGGAUCGUGCCAAAUGGAAGUCCGUAGUCUCUGCCUACCCUUCUGGGUGACAGGCGUGAGUGUUUAUGUAAAACUAAAUGAUUACCAACUGUAAAGAAUCGAUAUCGAUUUUUCUAAAGAAUCGAAUAUUGUACGUACCGAUUUUUUGGUUGGCAUACCUAGACCUAGUGCUAUAAAUCUGACAGCUGUCAAAAGGUCUGUUCGUAUUUGUACUUACAUCAUACUUAGUGCUGUUAAGUGUUAAACAUAUUAGUUUGCGGUGUUAACUCCGUUUUAUUUUAUUGAUGAAAAAGUGAAUUCACUAUAGGAAACAAGAAUGGCCUUUAGUGAAGUUUGUAGAAUUUGCCUAUGUGUUAAUGUACGCAUGUUUAUUCUAAAGAAGACUAGUCUCCGAAAUUUGUACAAAACAUUGACGAACUGUUUUGUAAGUUUUUUAUAAUUUUUUAAUAUUGCAAAUUGAAGUUGCGGUAAUUUGUUGUUAUCGCCGGAGAAAUACAUUAUACCUUGCCUGAUAUAAAAUGCGAUAGAUCGGGGCUAGGCUAAGGUGCAGCGUAAUUUUUUGCCAACUUUAAUACUUCCGCAAAGUAACACCUGAUUCUAUUAAUUAUAACAAUCUAAUUGUUAGAUGACCAAAUCCACCUGGAACUUACUUCAUAUUGCAAUUGAUAUCACAUUAAAAAAAAGGUUAAAACUGCUAGGGGAUGUAUAUUGUUAUUAACUUCCAUUUGAAAGUAAGUGACAGUGGCCUAAUAGUUAAGGGUGCAGACUGCAAACUCAAGAAGGUAGUAAGUCCAAAUCUGCCAUUUGUCUAUUGUUUGUAAAUUACUCCUAGCGUGAGCAUUCUCAGAUUACUUGGAGAACAUAAGAGAAGUUUUUGUAAUGUUAAUAGUGAUGCUAGUAGUUUAAUGUUAAAAUUUGAAAGUAGGUUUAGUAAGAUUGUGAAAGCCCAAAAUUGAAAAUACCUAUGUCAGGGUUCUGAGAGUCUCAAUCUACUGCUUUUAAUAUUAUCUGUUAAUGUCAUGCAGACUACUACUUACUUGACACUCACAUCAUUUUAAAUUAAUUAGAGAAUUGUGUCCAUAUAUUAACCGCAUGCAGAAAAUUUGCUGAUGAUGUCAUGACAUCACAUUCCCAUGAUUAGUAACACUUCACAAGAAAACAUUGAAUAAUUUUGUAGUAAGAGCAAUAAAUAUCAGACAUUGCACAAGUGAGUGCAUGACUGUGUUAUUAACAGUACUAAGUAGGUGACCAUGGAGCGCGGUCAGCGUAUGCGAAAGGGAUAGUCAUAGGCAAACUUUAUGCAGAACUAUCAACUGAUGGAGAAAAAUAAGAGCCAGUAUAAUAACAGGCUAUGAAGCAUUACAUCUUAGUCUUUGUCUUAGUAGCCUUUGCACAAACUUCAAGUUCGUUGCUGGUGCCUAUGGGCUGCAGCAGCCACUACCAUCAGGUGGAUUGUAAGUUUGUUUAUCACUUCAAUGUUGUAAAAAAUGAUGUUGAUGAAGAGAUUUGUGGUAGCCAAUAGAUUUUAUUAGAAACUUGUAUAUUUAAGUAGUUUUCCAUAUUUAUGUCAAACUUUCAUAUUUUCAGAUGGAUGAGGAUGAGGAGCCCAUAAUUGCCUGUUUCAUCUGUCAUGCAAGACUCAUUCGUUGCAGAACAUUACAACAACAGGCUAUUGAGUCAAAAGCAGUUCUGGAGCAGAUGCUUACAGGAGGGUCCAUGUCAAUAACAAAACCGCAUGAGGCAAGAGAUAAGAUUCAAUUCACACCAAUUAGUCAUAUAGAUAUCAGGUCAGUCGAGUGUGAUACUGAUAGAGAAAAUGAUUGUAAAGACGGAAUUUUUAGCCUUGAAUUUGUUAAAGUUGAGGAAGAGAAUUUCGAAAAUGAGAAUUCCAAAUUUGAAGUGAGUGGGAAUCAUGAAGCAGAACCGUCUGAGAAGAUAAAAUCAAAUUCUACUGCUACUAACAUAAACAUAGUACGUGAAAGAAACCUCGAUUUUGAAGGACCUACUAUUAAAUCAAACCCUAAAGUGAAAAAAGAUAAUCAAUCAAUUAAUAUAAAAGGAAAGCAUCCUGAAAAGAUAAUGAAAAAUAAAAUUUUUAAACGAAAGAGUGUAAAUAUAAUUACGGAAAAAACAUCUGGAGCAUCAACAAAAGACAUUCCCGACAAACACAUUUCACACAGUCAUAAGACGGAUAAGAAUUCAGACACCACUGCAGUUCGGAUACAAGUUGCACAAACUCCAGUACCACAACAAACAGAAAUAUUUAAUUGUGAUAUUUGCGAAUUUAAAACAACCCAAAAACGUUCCAUUUUGGCACAUCUUAAAGCGCACGUCGCUAAACAAAUGUACUGUUGUAAUAAUUGUGAAUAUAAAUGUAUUAGAAAAAAUGAAUUGCAAAGGCAUAUGAAAAUACACACCGGAGAAAAACCUUUUUCGUGUAAUAUCUGUGAAUAUAGAUCUAUUACAAAAUUUCAUUUGCAAACACAUAUGAGAAUACAUACCGGAGAAAAACCUUUUUCGUGUAAUAUCUGUGAAUUUAGAUGUAAUAGAAAAUUUCAUUUGCAAACACAUAUGAAAAUACACACUGGUGAGAAACCUUUUUCGUGUAAUGUAUGUGAAUAUAGAUGUAUUACAAAAAGUUGUUUGCAAAUUCAUAUGAAAAUACACACCGGUGAAAAACCUUUUUCUUGUAAUAUCUGUGAAUAUAGAUGUACUACAAAAAGUUGUUUACAAUGGCAUAUGAAAAUACAUACUGUAGAAAAACCCUUUUCAUGUAAUAUCUGUCAAUAUAGAUGUAUUAGAAAAAGUUGUUUACGAAGGCAUAUGAAAAUACACGCUGGAGUAAAACCUUUUUCGUGAGCUUUCUUGCAAAAUAUGUACAAUAUUAUGUGUGAACGUGUUUUAUAUAAAUAUAAAAGUGUACCAGAU